AUAUAAAGAAAUAUAUAUUUAGUUUUCAGAAAACCCUCAACAUAACGCUUUAAAUCCCACCUCUGAGUGCAUAUCGCCCUGCAGGCGAGUCUCCCUUCCUGAGCGGUAGGUGGCGGUAGAGAGCCGCUUUUCGACAGAGGAAGUGAAGAAGAGAACUUGCUGUUAGCUGUGCUAACUGGAAGAUGUUGGCUUGGAAGCGACAGCUGUGCUGUCUGGCGGACUGACAGAUGCCUUCACCAUGAUGCUGGGCCACGCCGCGCUGCUCGUUGCCCUCUUCCUGCCGCAGGCAGGAAGCUUCCUGAGCCCCGCCGAGGAUGAUGGCAUCCCCGAGGAGUGGGUUCUGCUCCACGUGGUCCAGGGUCACAUCGGAGCCGGGAACUACAGCUACCUGCGCCUCAACCACGACGGACGCAUCAUCCUGCACAUGCAGAGCCUCAAAGGUGACGCAGACCUGUACGUGUCUGACAAAACGCUCCACCCGAACUUCGACACCUACAAGCUGCAGUCGGUGACCUGUGGCCAUGACGUGGUGGUCGUCCCCGGCGACUUCAAGAGGCCCGUGGGGAUCGGCGUCUACGGCCACCCGUCGUACCAUGAGAGCGAGUUCGAGAUCCAGGUGUUUUACGACCAGUCGGUGCCGCAGGACCCGUUCGAAAAGGGGUCGGACGGGCAAAACGAUAAGAAACCCCCCCAGGGAGCGGACAACUUUCAAGAGGAGGAAUCGAUCUUUUGGACUAUACUGAUCGGCCUUUUAAAGCUUAUACUUGAAAUUUUGUUUUGAAAUAUGUUGCCCCUACGAUGCUGGGAGACAGAUUGGCAUUUGACUUGGUCAGCACUGAAAAUAAAUGAUUUGUAGUAGACAUAGUAUGUCUACUAUGAUAUCCUCCAGAACUAAUGCCUUUUUAAAUUGCAGUCAAACAUACAGAAAUAACCAGGUAGUAGAUAAAUUCACUGGGAACUUUGCUUUGGGUGCACCGAGUGCAGGUGUCUGGCUGAUCUGCCAAUUCCAAUUUUGGUUGGUACGGAUUUAUUUUUUUGUCUGAACUGUAAUUAAGUAUAGCAAGAAAGUUGCUAGGGUGACUAUUGAUAACUGUGAACAUACAGAUAUGAACGGUGGGCGGGGCUGACAGUCAAACCUCUCUCCAAAACGAGGACAGUAGUUGAUUUUGGUGGAUAAGAUUGGCUGAUCACCAAUCUCCCAAAAUUUAGGAAAUCUACGCCGAUUUACUGGCUGGUUGAUUUAUCGGUGCACAACUAGUGAUGUCUGACACACGUCAAUGUCUGAUCGAUCGCUGUCAUUUCACACUUUGCUUUGGUACGAUGGAGCGUUGGGGCCAGACUGGAAGAAUUUGGUUUUCUGAAAUUAUGAGAAUAAAGGGAUAUAAGAAUAAAGCAGUAAUAAUACCAGAAUAAAGUAAUAGUUUUAUGACAAAUCCUACAAGAAAAAAAAUUGUUACCGCUGUGUUAAUGGAGGAGGGAUGUUGAGCAUUUUGUGAAGUUUUAAAAAUAAGGAAGUAUCAAUUUAUUAUCAGUAGCAGGACUUUAAAACAAUCGUCUAUCAAAGAAAAAAAACACAAAGGUUUGCUUUUUUUCUCAUAAAAACUUUUUUCUUGUAAUUUUACGUCUUUAUUUUGCUGAUAUGACUUUAUUUUCAUAAUUUACAAAAAUAAUCUCAGUCUGUCCCUUGUACUCUGUCGCACUUUGUCCUCUGGGGAAAGUGAAAUGUUUUCAUCUGUUACCUCCAGGAAAUCUGACUGCAGUCCAUGUGGGCUGGGAUUUAAAAUUUAAAACAAAAACAUGGAGUAUGAACUAAUUUUACAACACAUCGGCAGUUUGCAACAGCAGGUGAAGGUCGGGCAGAACUGUUUAAGCCAGGUGUGUCCAAAGUGUUGGUCGGGGGCCAUUUGUGGCUCUUCAACUGAGUUUUUUCUGGCCACCAACUGUAGUUCAGCAAUGAUAUACAUUUAUUAAACUUUUUAUUUUUAAUCAGGGUAAAGUUAUUUUAUUUAUUAAACUUGGAUAAAUAUAGCAAGAGUUUUGAAAGGAAUUGACCCAAAUUUUGUUUUUGUAACAGAAUAAAUUUACAUCUAGAAAACUGGAUACUUUUCAGUUACAGUAAAAAUGCAAAAUCCUUCUUAUGUUUUUGAUCUAUGACAAAUAACACUUACGCAGUAUUAACAUCUAGUAUGUUUGAAUUAAUAUGAAAUUCUGUAACUGAGUGAUGUAGCUGUAAUUUCUCAUAUGAAUGAAUGAAUCAAACCACCAGGAUCUGUGAAGGUCGGUUACCCAGAUUUAUUUUUUAAAGCAGAAUCACUUUGUUCAGGGGGAUCUUUUUUGCUAUGUGUUAGUAUUUAGACUCCAGAGGACAUUUUGCUAACAUGCUAGCACAUUAAACCACUGUAUUUUUUUUUUAUUUACAUAAUUUUUGCCUGUUGGACAAGCUGGUUUUUUUAUUCUCCAGUGCUUGAGUUCAAGAAAAGCUGUUACCACUGAGCAGAAACAGUUCAACAGUGCCUUAAAAACUCAGUCCUCAAUGCUGUUUGCCGUUUUCUAGAAGAUUAAGAUAGCUUUCAAAAUAAAACCUAUGUUUCACA